AUGAAUAAAACAACAAAUUUGUUCAAAGAUGAAACAGAAAAGGCGGUUGUUCAUUUUAUUGUAUACCUUAUAGGUAUUGUUCUUAUACUUUGUGUUUAUUACAACUAUAUAAUUUUAAAGUAUUAUUUUUAUUCUUUGUUUUGGGCUUUUAUUAUCUCCAUUCCUUUACAUCAUGUGAAAGUUAAAUUAAAAGAAUUUUUUAUAAAGAAAAUUAUAAAAAAGAAAAAAAAUUCAAAAAGCGUGAAUGCAAAAACAUAUGAGAACAAUUCAAAUGAAAGAUUAAUAAAAAAUAAAGGACUUGAUAUUAUUGAAGAUGAUCAUUUAAUGAGAUGUUUAAAUUACAAAGAUGGACAUAGUAAUAUUAUAAAAAAUAAAAAAAAAGAUUCAUAUAAGAAAACAAAAACAAAUAACUGUAAGAAAGAAAAUAAGAAUGAAGAUAAAUAUGAAAUAUUUCAGAAAUAUAUAGAUAACACACAACAUGAAGAUGAUUUAAUUUUAAAGAAUAAAGCUAGCUAUAUAUGUAAAAAAGCAUUUUAUAAACUUGUAAAAAAUGUAAGAAAAGAAUUAGAUAUUUAUUUAUAUAUAUUUUUUUUAAUAAUAAAACCAAUUUAUAAAAAAGAAGAAAAAAAAGAUAAUUUGAAUAACAGUUUUGAUAGUUAUGAAAAUGGUAAUGAUAGUGAAAUAUAUUUCUUAAUUUUACAUAGAUUUAUAUUUUUUUAUAUUCUAAGAGGUAUCUUUUAUAAAUAUAAAGAAUUCUUAUUAUCUAUAUCAUCAUGUAUUUUCUUUUUAUAUGUCUUUUAUAAAAUUAUCAAAAUCAUUUGGUUCCAAUACUUUUAUAAAAUAUACAGAAAAUAUUAUGAAAAAUAUUCUUUCCAUUUUACAUUUGAUCUUUCUUUUAUUUAUAAAAGAUAUUUGAAUGAUAUAUUGACCAUAUUGAUUAUCAUACUUGCUAUUAUUAUCUUUUCUUCUAUUUCUGUUUUUUUUAUUUUUAAUAUAUAUGGAGAAUCGGUUUAUAUAAUAAAUUCCUUGAACAAUUACCUCUCGGUCAAUUUCAAAAAUGCGUCCAUUAUUAAAAACUUCAAAAGGUAUUACAAGAAAAGAGGGAAGGACGAUAUAGAAAAUUUAUACGAACUUGUUGAUUUAAGCAAGGUACCCUUUUUGAGCAACACUACGAUAUCUUCUAUAUAUAGCCAUUUAAAAAGAGCAAUAGAUAUUUAUGAAAAUAUAUACUUAUAUAACUUCACAAAAAAUAAAAACGUUUCUUUAAAAGCUUGUUGCUUAUCUUUACUUGUUAAAAGAUUUGUUAUCAUUAAAAACAAUAAUUUAUACAAUGUUAAAAAAUUCGUUCUUGCUUUAAAAGAACAAAAAAAACAUAUACUUGAAAAAAAUCACAAUUUUAAAAAUGAAAAAUGUAUGGAUAAAGAAGAAAAUCAAAAAAGUGUUUUUUUCAGCUUAAAAAAAAUAAUUCAAUAUCUAUCAAAAAAUAAAUUCUUCUCUAGUAAUAAAUCAAAAGAUAUAGUGGAAGAUACUAGCAAUAAUAAUAAUAAUAAUAAUAAUAAUAAAAAUAAUAAUGAUACAAAUAAUCAUUAUAAUCAAAAUGAAAAUAAUAGUGUAAGUCAAAAUAUUUUUAAAACCAUUUUUGAUAAUUUAGUAGGACAAUAUGGUAAUGUGGAAAAAAAACAAAAAGGAAAUUCACCUGAACGAGCUAGCCAUGAAAGUGAAGAAGAAAAAAAAAAAAAAAAAAAAAAAAAUAAUAAAAUUAACAACAACAAUAAUAAUAAUAAUAUUAAAUCAAAGGAUGAUUUGGCUAGCUCACAAAAGGACAACGAUAUAAAUAAAAAUAAAGAGAGUGAUAAUGAAAAGACUGAUUUACAAGGAUUAAAAAAUAUGAGUAAAGAAAAAACAAGUAACAAUUUUAUGCUUAAUAUAUAUGAUCCAUCAAAAGAACGGAAUUUUAAAAUAAAAGAAUUUAUGAGUUAUGUAAAUAAUUUAUUUUUAUCAUUAAAAAAAAUCGAAGAUUUGGGUAAAUUAACAAAAUUUUUAAUAUUUAAUAAUAGUUAUGGUUUAUUAAAAAUAAUGAUAUUUUUUGUAUUAAUAUUUUUUAAUUUCUUUAUGUUUACAUUUGAUGCAAUUGUUCAGGCAGUGAUAUUUUUUACAGCAUUAUAUUAUUUAAUAUCAUCUAAAAAAUCAGUAUUAAAUUAUUUAAAAGAUGUAUUAUUAGUAGUAGAUCCAUCAAGUAUAUUUUUUUACAAUAUUACAAAUAAUUUAAAGGCAAUUAUCAUAUGUACAUUGAAAAGAAUAUAUUUUUAUACAUUAUAUAUAUGGUUAAUAUUUUCUUUUUUUCAGUUCCCAAUCAUAUACGUACCAACAUUAUUAUGUAUUAUUUUAUCACUCAUACCAGUUAUUUCUCCAGAAAUUUUAAUUCUUGUUAUUAUAUUACAUCUGUGGAUUAUCAAAAAACAAAAAAUUAUAUCACUCAUACUUUUUAUAGUCAACUUUUUUAUUUAUUGUUAUUUCAGCACAAGUAUUUAUAAUGAAAUACCACACACACAUGCAUGGUUGGUUUCAUUAUCUUUAGUCUUGUCUAUUAGUACCUUUGGGUCCAAAGGAUUAAUAUUAGGUCCUUUGAUUGGAUCAAUUCCUUUAAUAUUACAUCAAGUUGCUAUUCAUAAAAAUAAAUCUAUACAAUCCAAAAAAGGAAAAAGGAAAAAAGAUAAAGCAAAAAAAAAACUAAGUAAAAAUGAUCAAUUAAUGAAAAAAUAUACUCAUAAACAACUACAAAAAAAAUUCAACCAAUUUCAUAAUGUCAUCAAAUAUUCUGAACAAAAAUAUAAAAAAUUUAAAAAGAAAAGAAAUGAAAAGGCACUUUUAUGGAAAAAUAAACUUGAUAACUUAUAUAAAUUAAUAGAAAUCAAUAGAAGUCAUAUGCAUAUGUAUCAAAUGGAAGAAAAAAAAAACAAUUGUAUUAAUAAACCUGAUCAAAUUCUAAAAAGAAAAAUUUCUCCCUUCGAACAAAUUAUUUAUGAUGAUUUUAUGCAUAAAGAAGAUCAUAAAUUAGCUCUAUACAUUUAUAAAAGAAACAAAGAAAUCAAUAAAGGAAAAAAAACAAAUCAUAAUUUAAUCUCCAAAAAAAUACAUAAAACAACAAAAACACCCAAACAUAAAUUUCAAUAUAAUAAAAGAACAAAAAGUUUAAUAUAUCUAUAUGAUAAAUUUCAACAAAAUCUAGAUUUCCUUUUCUCUUGUAUAACAAGCAAUAAUUAA